AUGGUUCAGGUGAAGUUGAUCAAGAAAGUGAGAAAGUUGUUGAGUAGUCUGAUAUGUGAGAACCAAAUAUUCACAGAGGAAGAGGAGGAAGAUGAUGACUGUGGACAGGCCCCGAUACACCCUUAUUUAAUUUUUGCACUCACAGAGUGUGUGCUGCUGGCCAUCAUGUCUUAUGAUCACUAUGCGGCAAUCUGCCAUCCCCUCCGCUGUGCCCUCGUCAUGAACUGGAGGCUGUGCCUCAUCCUUGUUGCAGUUUCAUGGGCAUUUGGGUUUGUAUAGACACUACAAUCCUCUCUGGCUUUACACCUGCCUUCCUGUGGCCUCUGUGAGAUUGACCGCUUCUUCUGUGAAAUCCUUGCUGUCUUAAAGCUGGCCUGCACUGACACUACAGCCAAUAAAGUCCUGAUCUUUGCUCUUUGUGUGUGCUUCCUCCUCUUCCCUUUAGUAUUAAUUCUAAUCUCCUACCUGCAGAUCCUGGCCACAGUUCUGCACAUUCACUCUGUACCAGGAUGGCACAAAACGUUAUCCACCUGUGGCUCGCAUGUGAUCAAGGUGGGUCUCUUUUAUGGAAAUUCCAUCUUCAUACACAUGGGACCCAGGAGUGGUAACUCAGCUGGGAGUGAGAAAAUUCUUUCCCUUUUCUACAGUCUCAUCAGUCCCAGUUUGAACCCUCUGAUUUACAGUCUGAGGAACAAGCAGGUGAAGGAAGCCUUGCUGAAGCUUCAGAGAAGGAAAAGAGUUUUUCAUUCCAUGUAG